AAGCGCGAUGCCACCUGAGAAAAAAGAGCAGUGAAAGGAAAAUGGAGAGUUCUUCCUUAGACAGAGAGUGCCCUGCUUCCCCUCUUUCAAUCUCUAAUUGUAACCCUAGCUUCUCAUUCACAAAGAAAAAAUCUAAGGUAAAGAAGAAGAAAUCCGAAAAGUCGAGAAUAAUGGAAGGAGAAGUACUGAGGAAGGCUGAAACCGAUUGGGUGUGGCCGUCGAAAGGGAGGAGCGGCGGCUCGGUGAUGCUAGAGGGUUACGUAGAAGUGGGUGAUGGUGGAGAGAAGGGAUCUGAGGGUGGAUGCGAAGGGGUAGGGAGGACGAAGAGCUUGACGGAUGAAGAUCUUGAGGAUUUGAAAGGGUGUUUGGAUCUAGGGUUCGGGUUCAACUAUGAGGAAAUCCCGGAGCUUUGCAACACGCUGCCUGCUCUCGAGCUUUGUUAUUCGAUGAGCCAAAAGUUCCUUGAUGAGCAGCAGAGGCAUUCCCUCGAUGGCGAUGUGGGGGUUGGUUAUGGCUCGGCUGCGCCGUCGGCGCCCAUAGCUAAUUGGAAGAUUUCCAGCCCAGGAGAUGAUCCGGAUGAAGUUAAAGCAAGAUUGAAGUAUUGGGCGCAAGCUGUGGCCUGUACUGUUAGAUUAUGCAACUGAAUCGCAUUUUUUGAAAAUUUCCAUGUUAAUCUUUACUGAAGGAAGGGAACCGAAAACUAGCGCCAUUUUCUUCUAAAUAUUUUUUUUUAAUGGAUUGUCGACCAUUGGCCUGGCAGCACAUGCCACCAUGUGCUGCGUUUGUGUUGCUGCAGAUGAUCUAGCUGGAAGAUGAUCUGUUAUUGCAUAUUAUUAACUGAACAAAGGGACUUGGCAGAGAGAUUUGUACUAUUAUGUUUAUAAAAAGAUAAAUGCAGGCCUUGCAUUUUACCAUUA